AUGCGUAGGGACAAACGGGUUGGCUGCUUCAUUCUUGGCACGUGGCCAGUCCCUCAUGCUAAGCGACAACUGGCGAAUAACAGCGUCGACUGGACGAGAACCACCAAUUACCGCGCUGGAGCAGAGCCAAGCCGCGCCCUACCACGUGAGGGAAUCAGCACACAACUUAAGCACGCGCCGUGCGGGUGGGCAGCGGCGGCCGAGCGAGCGACUAUCAUACGGGGCUCCCAGUAA